AUGACAAUGACUGCUACCGCGAUUCAAUCCGGGGCUAUUCUCGGCAGGCAAUUACGAGACCCGAACAUCUGCGGCUAUGUUGCGAACAAGCCACUCGCAUGCCCAAACAACGGCUCUUGCAGGACCGACAAGGACAGCUUCAUCGGAUGCUGCGAUGAGAAAGGCCAGAGCUGUUCAAUCUACACUACAUGCUUUCCUGGGCCGCAGAAGCCCACACCAGCGAACUCAGGUACUUUGAUAUGUACGGGAACAGAAAGUUUCUGCGCAACACUCACCUGGCCUGGAGGCAAGCAGACGGCCUUCUCUUGUGCCACAUCACCGACGACGGCGCAACUAGACCCCACACGGACAUCAACACGCACUCAGGGAACCUCACGGACAUCAAUACGCACUCAGGGAACCUCACGGACAACCUCUAGUCUAUUGCCUUCGACGGAGGCGUCCUUUUCUGCGUCUUUCACUUCCUCUGCUGUCAGCCCUACCUCACGGCCAACCGGCGCUCCGUCAACACUCUCUUCGCUGAUCACUACUAUCUUCCCACCCACCAAGACUUCAGGUACAUCUCCAGAUAGUCCUCCGACCACCGAUUUUACAACCGAAACAUCUCCUCCGUCAUACAGCCCACCUCCAGAAGCAACCCCGUCUACAUCGGACAAGCCGCCAGCACCGCCACCCGGAAGCGGCAUAAUGCAAGAUCUUACAAAUGAGCAGCGGGUAGGUGUAAGCGUCGGCUGCGGAUGUGUCGGUCUCCUCUUCAUCAUGCUGUACUUGUGGACCGUGGAAGGGGGGAAGUACACCAAAUCCGCCAAUGACGGCGUCUAA